AUGUCGAAUGAACUUGCCUCCGCCCUCCAACGUCUUGCAAACUACCGUAUACGCAACUGCCGUGCUUCUCAAGAUAUAUUUGAGAGUGGCGUCGUAGUGUUUCGCAAUCACGCCCUCCACAAGUUCGGAGAAGAUAGUUGGGCAUUUUUAGAACAGCUAGCUCUUGCAUCUAUCGACGUUGGCAGAUUAGACAUUGCAGAGCAAUGCUUGCUACAACUCUCUGAACAGUUCCCUGGAUCGCCUAGGGUUCAGUGUGUGGAAGGCAUAUACAAAGAAGCCACGGAGAAUCCGGAAACUGCUCUGGGUUAUUAUACAAAGCUGCUGGAAGAGGACCCUGCAAACGUGGCUGCAUGGAAACGCCAGACAUCGGUCCUCAGACGAAUGGGAAAGAUUGAUAGAGCCGUCGAAGAGUUAUCACAAUUCCUGGAUACGUUCUAUACUGACGUGGAGGGAUGGCUCGAGUUGGCCGACAUCUAUGCGUCGUGUAACCAAUACAAUUUCGCCUUACAGUCCCUCUCGCAUGUUCUCUUGCUAGCACCACAAAAUCCAUUCUACGUGCUGCAAGCUGCGGAGACAGCUUACACGGCGGGAGAUAUCUGUCUUGCCAUCAAAAUGUUUCUCAUAGUUAUCGAUAUGACAGUUGAAGAUGAUGAUGCCCGGAUCAAGAACUCGACGCCUACAGGCAUUACUGUCCGUGCGUGGUAUGGGGUGGAACUAUCAGCAAAGCGGCUUCAGAAGGAACCGAAUUUGAUGUCGCACUCCCCUUCCCAUACUUUAGCACCGGAAAACUUGCCACUCAUAGCGGCCUUGGCAAAGGACGUCCUUCGUACAGCUUAUCGCAGCGACACAGGUUCUCAGAGUCAGACGAAGCAAGAGCUUUCGAGAUGGCUGGCAGCGAAGUAG